AUGAGUAAAAAGGUGGGGGCGCAGAUUAAACGAUUCCUUCAAGAGAAUGCCACAAUUCCCGAGAACAAGACCAGCGAGGAGAAGUGGUCAUCAAGCGAUGGUGGAAAUGUGUUAAGUUGGCUGGCGCAGCGAAAUCCCCAGCAGCCGUCACGAGGGGCGAUUGACUAUCUCAGCAAGGCGCGCCAGCCAGAAAAGCCACAGGCCGGGGCACAGUCUUCUCUGCCAAAGCCACGCUCACAGCAACAACGGGAGCAACAGCAGCCACAGGCGCAUGAGCAGCUCUCCACGGGGUCUGCUGAGGAGCCGGCGCAUACGCUUUCGGAAAAAUUGCUGGGGGCACAAGUCGUCCAGCAGGUGAAAGUGGGCGACAGAGUCAUCGUUUCCGGCGGUACUUUUCCCAUGGAGGGUCUGCACGAACAGCAGCAGAAGCGGCAGCAGCAACAACAACAACAAUCGACGACGGCCGCAAAGACUUACCGGGGGCGCGGUUAUCGCGAGUCAAAGGAGGAGCGACUCAAGCGGCGCUUUGAAAAGAUGGCAAAAGAGGCACAGAAGCGGCAUGAAGAGGCCCUUCGCACAGAUCCCGAAUACAAGAAAAAUUAUCAAACGUUUCAAGAGCUCCAGGCGGCGCAGCAAGAAGCGCAGGCGGGUUUUCUCGAGCGAUAUGCCCGUCAGGAGCAUUUGAACCUCAACGGUACGGUCAGUGAGCGUAUUGACAUUGCUGUUAUUCUGGACCUUAUUGAGCAACACGAUGUCAUUUUUAUUUGCACGGAUACGGGAAGUGGUAAAAGCACAUUGGUUCCCAAAGCGCUGUUGGAGCUAUCACAAAAUACACGUGUUGUUAGCACGCAGCCCCGCCGCACGGCGACCAUCUCCAUUGCGUCGAGAGUAGCCACCAUCCGACGCGAAAACGUUGGUGAGGAUGUCGGAUAUUGGAUCCGUGGGGAAAAGAGAGGCGACGAUCAGACACGGCUGUGGUACAUGACUAGCUACACGCUACUUUUGCAUUUGCUUAAUAACCCGCUGAACCCUCCAUUUACGCACAUUGUUCUCGAUGAGUUUCACGAGCGGCAGCCGGAUAUUGAGGUGACUGUGGCGUUGCUGCGUCUUUGCCUCUUGAAGAGAACGGCAAACUUUAAGCUUAUUCUUAUGAGUGCCACGCUUAACACCGCCGAUUGGGAGGAGUAUUUCACCGGGCUGAAGGUGGCAACGUACAAACAAAGCGAACCAGAGCAUCCAAUUCACGAUUAUUUUAUGGAGGAUGUCUGCGCACUGAUUGGAACGGGAUAUGAUGAACCACUGAAUUUUUUGGAUCGCAGCGUUGACUUUUCACUGCUGGAGAAGCAUAUGGCCAUUGCACAAACCCUUGUCGCGUACCUUAAUGCCUAUGCGGACCCGCAACACGCCAUAUUGGUGUUCUUGCCGGGUCGUGCGCAGGUGGAGCAGUUCCAAUUGUGGCUUGAGACAAAUAUGCCGAGACCUGUUGACAUUGUGCCAUGGCACAGUUCCGUUGACCUUUCUGUCAUUGAAGAUGCCAUCGGCCGUCGUUUGCCGUACAGCCAGAAGAUUUAUCUGGCGACAGAUAUUGCGGAAGUUUCCAUCACUUUACCGGAUGUUGUGUUUGUGAUUGAUUUGGUGUUGGUGAAGCGCCCCAAGAUUAACAAGGACGACCCAGCCACCGUGUUGCACCCCCCACUGAUGAUGCAGUGGAUUUCAAAGGGAAGUGUGGCACAAAGGCGUGGUCGCAUUGGCCGUGUACAACAAGGCUUUUACUUUUGUCUGCUUCCAUCCUCUAUUGUUGCGUCUCUCCCCGAUCAUGCAAAUCCACCCAUUGAAAACUCCCGCGUGGACGAGCUCUCUCUGCAUUGCCUACAGCUUGUUUGCAAUCCCGUGGCGAUCUUCAGUAUCUGUCACGGUCAGCCGCUUGUGGAGACCAUCACCGUCUCUAUGGAUACACUAUCGCAUUUGGGAUGUAUUAUUAACAAGAAAGACCCUCUGGCAGAGGGCGAGCGCAUUGCCGAAAUUCACUCCAACAACCAAUGGGGUCCGUUGGUGCUUGAGGAGGCGAAGAAUGUUGUCCUUGCCGAAAUUGAUCAGUACGAGUACACAUUCAUAGGCCGUAUUCUGCAGCUGAUUCCAGUCUCUCCGCAGCCUGGCAUGCUUGUCGUUUACGGCAUUUUAACGGGGCUGGAGUCACUUAUGAUAUUGGCAGCGGCAGUCACAAGUAGUCUUUCGCCGUUUGCGCCAAACCCACAGGAACAUAGUCGACGGAGGCGUUACGCUGUUGUACAAGCAAUGGAGGAGACGGAAAAUGUCAUGCGGGAUAUGUGCUGUGGUCUACGUAGCGAUAUUGUGGCUGUUAUGAAAGCUGUUUUAAGGUUUCGAAUUUGCGUUAGCGAGAGCGCUGGCGAUGCCGUGCAUGUGCGUCAGUGGUGUCUUGACCAUCACUUAAGCCAUGACAAACUGAAGAGCAUUUUGGACCUUGAGCAGCACAUCAAGUAUGAAUUGGCAAACUUUAUUUCAUUUCGCGACGUAGCUGACGCUCAGGAGCUUGAGAUGCAGCUGGAGAAAGUUGCGCCGAUUGUGGUUGUCAUGUCAAAUGUUGCCUUUGCGUCCCAGUCUCUGGAAGUGACGGCGGAAGGUAACACCUUCACAAAUUCUAAGGAGACGGCAGUUGGGGUUUUUACCGAAAUUACCGCUGUGCCGGACAUUCACUCACCGAGCUGUCUUCGCUGGCAAGAAGGCGACAUUGUUGUUCCCGUGCAACUCUCCCUGCUUGGCAACCGAAUGCUUGCCAGUUUUACGACUGCUAUUGCAUCGCAUAAGCAGUUUUGGCUCUCUUUGCUCUUGUUGACCCACCGGAUUCAGUACGCGGCAUUCGCCGAUGACGAAGGUGCCUUUUACGUCUUCUCCGUGAGGUACCACAACAUACAGCGGUACGUCGAGACGGACGCGGAGACCGGAUACGCGGUCCUGCACUUCCGGCAGCUACUCAGUGCGUCUUGCCAGACGCUAAGGCUUCAGCACGAGCAUCAAGACAUGUACGACGAUGAGUUUGCGGUACUAUUGCAACGCUACGGGUUGAAACCUCUUUUGGAGGCACAGCGGGACGUCAUCACGAGCAUGGCAGCCUUUUUAAAUAGCACGGAGCAUCUCACAGUGGAUGAGGUGGAGCACGACGAGGAUGAUCUUGAUGAAGUCUCCAUGAUAACUUUGGCGCUUCCUAGGACGAAGGAGGACUGA